UGUGUAUGUGACGCUAGCCGAGCAGCUGCCGCCUUGCUUGCUGUUCUGUGCGACGAACAGUCUACGGUUAUCCUUUCGGCGGUGCAGUACGUAAGUGCGGAUUGUGCGUUCAGUUCAGUUUGGAAGCUGUGUGCGUCUCGUGUGGACCGACACUCCGUGUUGUAUUCGGUGUAAAGUGCAACAACAAAAAUUGUAGAAAAUAAAAACGAAAAAAUCAAAAGUGAGUUGCUGCGAAAAAAGUUAACGGCACACCUCUGUACUUUGUGUGGCAAGCAGGAGUUGCAGCUGUCAGCCGCACAUAUCUCGCUGGAGCAGUUGAGUUCCUGUUUGUUGUUGUAACUGCUGUUGAGGUGGAUUUUCAGCACAAAUUUUGUACAAAUUUUCAAUCGCGAAUAAUACAAAAAAAUAAUUUAACGGUAUAUACUGUUGUGCUCGCUUAACAAAAGUUUCCACACACACACACACAUAAAAAAUUGGUGUGUGUUGUAGCGCCGUGUGGCAUUGAAGCAAAAGUCAAAAGUUGUUAAUAAUAAACGCGGAAGGAAGUUUGUUAGUGUGCUGCGGCAUGUGGCUUGUGGCGCACACACACCAAUACAUACACACACACAUGCAUACAAGUCUCCAAAGACUCAACUUCGCCAGUUGGCCAAUUCACAACUAGUUUGCGCAAGAGUUUCGCCAAUAGUUUAGCAACUUUUGUUGCAACCAAACCGGAGUUCGUAAAGUGUUUGCGUAUUUACCCAUUUGUUGUUGUUGUUAUCGUCAGGGCAAGUGAAAAUUCAUAUACAAAUAUACAUAAGCAACAUAUUGUCCCGUUUGUUGUGCGUUUUCGAGUGUGUGUCUAAAAGGGUUUCAAUCAACUCAGCGCCAAUCCCAGCGGUUCGUGCCGUUCGUACGUUCGCGUUACGUGCUUUACGUCUGCCCGUUAUGCCAUCUCACACCCAUAAAGUGCGCAAAGCAGCACUCGAAUAAUAUAUUGUCAAAUAUAUUUAUACAAAAGCAAAGUGUUUUGUUUAAAGUGCUUGGUUCGUGUAAACAAAAGAAAAAAAUGCUUCGUUUGUGAAAUAAAAAUUUUCUAGUGCAUAAAAUAUUUAAGCGCAUUAAAAGAAAAUAAAAAUAUAAAUAUUUCCUUUGUUGCGACCUUUGCUGUGCGCGCACAACGCUUUUGUGCUACUAAUUUAUUCACAGACAGCUUGGGAAUUGCUGCAAACUCAGCGACAGGCUUGUACACGGUAUUUAUUCGAAUUCGAAUGGGAGUGCAUUGAAUGUUACCUAUGAAUGUAUGAAUAACUGUCUCAAAUAUUGAGCUGGGAAUGUAUUUUGCAAUUGCGCAUUUGAAGCACUGCAAUGGACCUAAAAGCCGGUGGACUACUCGUGCCGCCAACUGUUAAGAACUCAAGCUGCUCGCAUCCACGUUACACCAGCCACAAUUUCAUUGCACACAUCGGCAUUGCGGAGACCAUCGAGGCGGUGCUCAUACUCAUAUUGACGCUGGGCGUGAUUGGUGCCAAUGCGCUGGUCAUAUUUGUAAUAAACAAUCGUCGCUAUUCGCCCUAUAUACAUCAGCAGCCGCGUUAUCUGCUCACCUCUCUGGCUUUAAAUGACCUCACCAUUGGACUGCUUAUCACACCGUUUGGACUGUUGCCAGCGCUCUUCCAUUGUUGGCCGUACGGCGAGAUAUUUUGCCAAAUACAGGCCUUGCUUCGCGGUGCGCUUUCCCAACAAAGUGCCGUUAUAUUGGUCUGCAUGGCCGUCGAUCGGUACAUGUGUGCAUUGCAUCCCCGAAAAUACUAUCAGCACUCCAGCAAAAAGGGCUGCGUUGCCGUGCUGAGCUUAACAUGGAUCAUCAGUUUGACGGUGUUUGGUUUUCUGGUGCUGCCAAAAGGCUAUUACUUCAACAACACCGGCCUGAUGGCCUGCGAACCAUUCUACAGUAAGCCAUCGUAUCGUAUACUGUCCACCUGCGCACUCUACUUCCCCACCACCAUGGUGUUAAUGUACUGUUACGGCUCGAGUUUUCAUUUGAGCCGUUUCCGUUUGAACGAUCCAACCAUGCCACUAACAGCUGCGGUCCAUCAUCCGCAUCUCGGACAUCCGCCGCAUAUGUACCAACAAGCGUUGCAUGCCCAUCACAUGCAACAUGGUGGUAUGGCGAGUGGUGGUAUGAGUCAUCACGGCCUGCCGCCGGGCACCACAACGCUACCGAACACGCCGGUAAUGAAUCUCAGCAUGGCCAUGAGCAUGGGUUUGGGUAUGGGCGGCAUGAGUGGUAUGACUGGUAUGGGCGGCAUGGGUGGCAUGACUGGUGCUAGCGCCAUGCAUUAUGGAGGCGGCGGCGUUGGUGGUGGUGGUGGUGGUGCUACUGCUUCGCUUAUGAGUGGCGGUAAUGGCGGCGGUGCUGCUGGAGGCGCUGGCGCUGGUGCUGGUGCAAGUGGUGGUGGUGGUCCAACGAAUAAUGUGACAAAGAAGAUUGUGCCCAUUCAGGAAAAACACUCUGCCGGCAAUACCUCACGUUCUAUGGCUGCCAUUUCGCUGGGUUUCAUUGUUAUGAUUACACCGUGGACGAUACAGGAGAUUGUCACUGCCUGCACGGGCUCCAAGCUGCCGCCUUUUCUGGAUUUUGUGGUGACUUGGAUUGCCUUAAGCAACAGUUUGUGGAAUCCUUUCAUGUAUUGGCUGCUCAAUUCGGAUUUUCGACGGCUGAGUAAACACUUGAUGCCAAAUAGGUGCUUCCCCACCGAGGACACGCCCGAACACAAAUCACCCUGUUGUCACAUCAAUUCUGAUUUUGAAAUCACAACGUUGCCACUGCCGCCGGAACCGCCUACCGGACGACCACCAAAGGGUGGCGAUGCUGCUGGCGAUAACAAUGGCAGCGAAGGCGGCAACAGCUCCAGCGGUGGCGGCGGCAGCAGCAGUAGAGGCGGCGGCAGCAGUGGCAUACGCGGUGGCUCAGUGCUGGGCAUUUGCGCGCGAGCACGCACCAACAGUCUCAGUCGCAGCGCAUCGCAGCAGGCGCGCAAGAACGCCAACAGCGGCGCCGGUGGCUGUAGUAACAGCAGUCACGGACAUCAUGGGCACAGUCAUCACGGCGGUGGCGGCGGUGGUUUAAGUUUCACUAGCGUACGGCCCGACAUUGAAGGGCUCUCCGAAAAGUACUGGGGUGAAAUACUGGAGCGCACUGUGAGUUCGGGCAGCCUACACGCGCUGACGAAAAGCUUUCCGCACGCAGCGCCGCAUCACUACUAUGCUGCACACCAUCAGCCGGCGCAUCAGCAAACGUUUCCGCCGCCACCGCACACCGCAACAAUGACAACAUCGUUUAGCAAACACAGCGAACUGAAUCUCAACUUGGCGUUGGCCGAACAGGAACGUCAUGCAGCCGCACUGCACAAUACGAGCGGUGGUGGCGUCACUGGUGGACUCAACGCCUAUGAGCUCAGCAAAUUUUCCAGCUCGGAGCCAAAACUCUGCGAACAUAUCUAUCAUGAUGCCAACUGUGCCAAAAAUAAAUCAGCGCUGGGCGGCGGCGGCGGCGGCGGUGUCACCAGCGUCAGCGGUGCGGACGAUGUCAAAAUGUCAGCUGGCAGCGCUGCAGUGGCGUCGGCAACCGGACGCAGUAUACCGGAUAUUUAGUACGCGGAGAAUGUUAUAUUAGCAAACAAUCAAAUGGCGCGCUUUUAUGCGCGCGGCGUCGUCUGUGCUGGCGCGUCCAUGACAGGUGCAGGUGGUGGUGGUGGUGGAGUUGGUGGUCGCAGCAACACUUUAACCACCAAUCGUGUAGCUUGUCAUAGUCCGCCGGCGCGCAGCAUGUCCGUAUUAGUCGCCAUGCCGAUGGCCGAGUACCGGAAGUAGGCGCAUGACAAAGCGUGACAAGGCGACCAGGCAGCGGCAGCGGCAGCAGCAGCGCCGGAAAUGCAGUAAACCAAAACUGUAGCACGAAAUGAAAUGAAUUUUGCGCCAGCACACUAAAGUGACUGGCAAAGUGGCCUAAGCGCGCGCGGCUCUACCAUUGCGACUGGCCGUGGUUAAAGCGAUCUGUGUAUGUAUGUAUGUAUGUAGUAUAUAGUAAGUAGUCUGGCGUUAGCUGUGCGCCAUCAAGGCUGCUAGGGAAAUUUUCACAAAAUUCUAAGCCACAAUCGUCGUAAGCAUGUGUUGUAAAUUUUCGUGACGCUCGUGUGUGUGUACAUAACUGUAUGUCCGCUAUGUGUAUAUAAUAUAUAAGCGCUAUAAGUCGUGUGAUAAUACCUACUUUACGUAACUUUACGGCAUACUAGUGCUCGUAGCGCUCAGCCAGAGCCGCCAACGUUAUGUUGAUUUAAUGCCCUGACACGCUAAUGGUCAUUAAUUGUAAGACGGCUGACAGGUAGCUGUAGAUAGUAGACGUGAAAGCUGUAAAAAGUCUGGUAUUCAGUAUUAAUUUUUCGGUUUUUCAUUUUAAAGACCUAAAAAUUUAAAACCAUACAUAUUCCUUCAAAAUAUACGUCAAGUUCAACCAAAAUUUUGUUUGCGUGUAUUAUGCUGAAGUCAAGCCCGUAUCUGUAACACGAGAUCGCGACUUCUUAGAGCACACUUUGUAGCAUACCAAAGCGCUGAGUGGAGUUGAAUUCUCAUCCCGGUAAUCACAUUGCUCAAAUAUAAUUUCGUAGCGCUUAAAGGUAUGCUACAGCUAGUUUGAUAAACAAUCGCUGUAAAGAGCGCCUAAAGGUAUGCUACAAUCAGCUGAUAAACUGAAACCCCUAACGUGCCCAUAACGCGACUUCGUUCUACGUGUUAAUAAUAUUUGUAUUACUAAAUUAUUUUUUAUUCUAGGCGCCGAAAAUUUUAUAAGCAUAUGUUAAUAAAAUACUUCGAAAAUAAGUAUAUAUAUAGUAAUAAUAAUAAUUGUACCCCAAAAGUAUGUUAAAUAGGCUAUAGUUUUUAUUUUUAGCCUAGUUGAAUUUUAUGUGUAGUAAUGGAAAUAAAUUUUUGUAGAUAACAAAAAAUUAAUCAAGUAGGUUAUAUGGUGCUUGCUGCUGUGCUUAAUUAUUAGACCAGUGUUUCCUAGAAAUUAGUUUUCUAUCAUUUUUUUUUU